UGUUAUAUUAAAAGGUUUGUUGGCUGGAAAUUUGUGGGAUAAUGGUAUGUUAAUUAGGUGAACGUUGGGCAAUUCAAUGCCAAGGUGGGAGCAACAGAACAGGUAAUAGGAGUGACCGAUCUUGAGGAUGAACUUGUGUACUCGUUGUCAGUUCACAGACGUUCUACGUCAUGCUGUCACCGCUACGUUUACUCCUGCUACUCUUCACGCUGAAGCAACGUUCAGCCGAAGAAAUAUGGCAACAGGAUCUGUCCAUGGACAUGCAAAUAGAAGCAUCCACAGAAGGAUUCGACCAAGUGAGUCUACGUUGCGGGGCUGAGAAGAUGAUAGUGGAUCUGAAAACGUCUGACAAUUUUUCAGGAGUGAUAUACACACAAGGUAGCUUCUAUUCCAGACAGUCCCCAUGUUUUUUUGACCCUCUCCAUGGUGGCAAUUACACCAUGAACAUUCCCUUCGACCAGUGUAAAACAGAAACUGUAAAUAAUAAGUAUAGGAAUAUUUUGGUGGUACAACACGACGACGAGUUAAUUACUCCAGGUGAUGCAGCCUUUAUCUUAGAAUGCGACUUCUCGAAAUCCAGGGAUUUCACUGUAUCAGCUGAAUUAGGCGAACCUGAUAAGAGGGAAGUGAGGUCGAGCAUAUCUUUGGUGGAUCCUGAUCCAGCCAGGGACAAGGAAAAAAAGAAUGCUUAUGUGGAAAGCAAUAGCGAUCGAGUCACCUAUAUACCUAACUCAAUUAUACCUAAGAUCAAUGAUGAAUUAUGA